AUGACGAGCUUGAUGUCGAGUUUGAUAGCGCAGUGGGCGCUGUCUGAACAGACCCCUCAUGACAGUUACGCUCUCAAACCCCGCAAAUAUGAUUCGAAGGAAUCUGUGGCAGCCAAUUCAGCGAAUUCGGCAGCUGGAUCGUGGAUUAUUGAUCCGCUUCCUCCGCUUCAACGCCGUGGUUUGACUGCCAUCGGGGCAUUGGCGCUGGUCUCUCUCGUUUCCACCUUCUGUCUGCUGAGUUUCUUCACCUACCGGUUCAUCUUUUGGAAGAAAUACUACAAGCGCUACAUUGGUUACAACCAGUACGUGGUGUUGAUGUACAACUUGGCCUUAGCAGAUUUCAUUCAAGGUCUUGGGUUUAUUGUUAGUCUACGAUGGAUUGACCAGAACUCCAUUCACGCCGAAGACCCGGGCUGCUUUCUACAAGGUAUCUGGCUUCAGAUUGGUGACCCGAUGAGUGGGAUGUUUGUGCUGGCGAUUGCAUUGCACACAUUUAUGCACGUUAGCCUUGGUCGCCAGAUCAGUCAUCGCGUCUUUGUGUCCAUCGUUGUCGGUCUCUGGAUUUUUGGUAUCGUCCUGGUAGUCAUACCUAUUGGUAUCUAUGGUUCCCACGUUUGGAUGCCGUCUGUCGCCUGGUGUUGGAUGACCACCCAACAUCCCGUGCUUCGACUCUUCACCCACUACUUCUGGAUCUUCGCCGCCCAGUUCCUAAAUCUUGUUCUAUAUGCCAUCAUGUUCUUCCAGCUCCGACGCAGGAUGGCCCAGUCAAAGAUCUUAGGAUCCAGUUACACCGAAACUCUCAAGCGCAUGAACCGAGUUGUCUCGUACAUGGUGCUCUAUCCCAUUGUGUAUAUUUGCCUCACACUUCCCUUGUCGGCCGGUCGCAUGGCAUCUGUCAGCGGCAGUUCGCCAAGUGUGACAUACUUUUGUGUCGCAGGUGCCCUAAUGACUCUCUCUGGAGCCUGCGAUGUCGCCCAGUACACAUUGACCCGCAAGAGCAUUGUGCUGGAGUCGGAGACCCGAUCGAAGGAGCCUUCGCGCGACAAGUCGAAGCAAGGCUACGGCAACAUCUACUCCAGGGGUACUGAUGACAAAGGUCCAUUCACUACCGUUUGUGCUGCCCAGGCCGGCAGCUCGACCGAAGCCAUCGUCAAGCAAGAAGACGUUGAGUUGACAACUGUUGACCAAGUAUUCCAGCAUACGACGAUCACGGUCACCCAUGAGCCUGCUUAUAAUGGCCCUGAUGGGCCUUCUUUUAACGAAGCACAUGAGCAUGGGUAUUAG